AUGUCAACAAAAUCGUCGACAAUUUCCCGUUGGUAUGGAGAAUUCAAACGUGGACGGGUGAGUCUUAGCGACGAUCCCAGGGUGGGUGCACCAAAAACGGCAAUCACCCAGGAAAACGUCGAUGCUGUGCGCAAACUCAUCAUUGAAAAUAGACAUGUGACAUAUCGCGAGAUUGAGGCGUCCUUGAAAAUCUCAAAGACCUCAAUUCAAAAAAUUUUACAUGAAGAAUUAGGAGUGAGAAAAUUAGUUUCCCGUUGGAUACCCUACCUAUUGACUGAAGAGCAGAAAGCAGCCAGGGUUAAUUGGUGUCAAAAAACGCUAGACCGUUUCAAUUCCGGAAACUCAAAAAAUGUGUACAGCAUUGUUAGUGGUGAUGAAUCGUGGAUUUACUAUAAUGUACCAGAAAAUAAACGACAGUCGGCUGUUUGGGUGUUCCAAGGUGAAGAAAAGCCAACAAAAGUCAUCCGUUCUCGAAGUUCAAAAGCGGGUCAUAUUGCAACAAUUCCUGUUAAUGAGCAAAGAACUGUUACUGCGGAUUGGUAUACCACCAUUUUUUUGCCAAAAGUCAUCACCGAGCUUCGAAAAAUCAACUCCGAAAGAAGAAUCAUCCUCCACCAAGACAAUGCAAACUCGCACACAGCCCAAAAAACAAGGCAGUAUUUAACGGAAGAAAACGUGGAAUUAUUAGACCAUCCUCCAUAUAGUCCUGAUCUAAGUCCUAACGAUUUCUUUACUUUCCCGAAAAUUAAAAACAUACUGCGUGGUCAAGGGUUCCAGUCACCAGAAGAAGCAGUUGACGCAUUCAAAAAUGCCGUUUUGGAUCUGCCAGCAAACGAGUGGAAUAAGUGCUUCGAAAAUUGGUUCGAGCGCAUGCAGAUGUGUGUAUAUCUUCGUGGAGAGUACUUCGAAAAACAAUAA